UCUCUCACUCUCAAAGUACUCUCACUUGAGUACUAGCGUAGUAGUAGUUACUAGUAUCAAUACGCAUUCAUAGUAACUGUAAGCCAACUUAGUAGUACCUUGACCAGAGUACUACUAGUACCCUGGCCCAACUGAUUGAUUCACCAACCCAACAACAGCAUGGCAACAACCCCAGUGCGUGUGCUUCCGACGGCCCAGCAUGUGCAUGGCUGGUAUAGCAACACGAGUAGCACCAUCGGCGUCGUGAAAAUCAUCCGCCCGCGAGUCAAGAACUGUCUGAGCAUGCAAACUUACCACGAGUUGAGCGACCACCUCCAGUUUUUCCAAGCCGACGCCGACGUGCUGGCCGUGAUUGUCACUGCGGAAGGCGACGAGUACUUUACCAGUGGCACCGACGUGAGAGAGCUCGACCCCCAAAGCGUACCGUCGCAGUCCAGCGCCCGUACACUCAUGCACACGAUCCUGAACUUCACCAAGGUUCUUGUUGGAGCCGUCAAUGGCUCUGCCAUUGGGAUUGGCGUCACCAUGUUGCUCUACUGCGACUUUGUGUUUGCAGUGCCGCACGCCACCUUCCGCACGCCGUUUAUGGGAUUGGGAAUCGUUCCCGAGUUUGGCUCGAGCGUCACGUUCCCUGCCCUGUUGGGAAAAGCCGCGACCAACGAUUUGCUUCUUCGCGGCAAGACGCUGGACGCAUCCCGCGCGGUGAGCGUGGGUCUUGUGACGGAGGUAGUACCUGCAGCUGGCUUUCAGUGCGCCGUAGUGGGCCUCACGGAGCAAGUGACAGGCCAACUGCACGCCAAGCGUAGUUUGCUGCAGUUCAAAGCCCAAAUACAACGACUGGGACCGCUGACGAAGCAGCAGGUCGUCGCUGCCAUCGAGGCCGAGUACGAAGAAAUUGACCGACGAUUCCGCUCGGGGGAGAUUGUGGAGCUUGGCAUGGCAUACUUAGCUCAGCUCAAGUCGUCGAGCAAACUAUGAGUGUUGUGCUGGAGUGCAAGUUUAUGGAUACUGUACAUAUAUACAGUAGUAUGCGGGGAGUUCGACGGUGGCUUCAUGGUGAGAACUUCUUGUACACCUCAUUCAACAGAACCAGACAAGGUAUCGCCUUGAACAUGGAAAAACCUACAA